GAAGAAGAAGAAGCAGAAGAAACGUGGGAAGAGGACAGCUUUGUAAAAAGGGAAGGAGAGUCCUCGCUGUGAAUCGCUUCAGACAUGUCGUCGGUUCUGGAUCCAGAGGUCCAGCUCGCCCAGAGGUUAGCCUCCAACGAGAAACCACUCCGGACUAAGGCUCUAAAGAAACUGAGGAAAUAUAUCAAUGUCAGGUCUCACAUCGGGACAGGUAGCUUCACAGCUGAUGAGCUGCUCAAGCUGUGGAAGGGCCUGUUCUACUGCCUGUGGAUGCAGGACAAACCGCUGCUCCAGGAGGAGUUGUCAAAUCAAAUCUCCAACCUGAUCCACAUCUUCCAUGAUCUAGAUGGACAGAUGUUAUACCUGGAGAGCUUCCUGCAGACCGUGAAAAGAGAGUGGACUGGAAUCGACAGGCUGCGGAUGGACAAGUUCUUCCAGCUGGUUCGUUUCAUGUUCAGACAGACCUUUGAAAUGCUAAAGAGGAAAAACUGGGACAGCUGUGUUGUUUCUAGGUUUCUGGAGCUGCUGACCACACAGCUCCUACAGGGAGGCAGCGAGACGCCCAGCGGACUGCAGUUCCACAUCCUGGACCUUUACAUGACAGAACUGGCAGCAGUGGGUUCUGCAGAGCUCACUGCUGAUCAGAACCUGACAUUCAUCGAGCCGUUCUGCAAAACGGCAGCCAAGACCAAAGAUCGGUCGCUUUUCACAGCCAUCUGCAACAGCAUCCUCAGCACUAUUAUUGAACAGGCCCCCUUCGCUGUUGAAGAUUUGAUGAAGGAGAUGAAAGCAGCUGAGGACUCAGACUCAGGACAGUCUUCUGAAGAGGACCCACCAGAAGAGAAAAAGAGCAAUCCAGUCAGCAAAAAAGAUACAUGGAAGCAGAUAAAGAGUACAACUCCAGGCAAUAAAUCGAAUGAAGCUGGGGAUGGUGAUGAUGAUGAUGAUGAUGAUGAUGAUGAUCUGCACUUGGAAGACUCAGACACAGAGAUGUCAUGUGAUGACGACAUCGGACCAGUCCUACAGUUUGACUAUGCAGCCUUGGCAGACAAGCUGUUUGUGUUGGCCAGUCGGAGCAGCACACCAAGCCAGAACCGACAGAGGCUCUACAAAAUAAUCAAAGUGCUUCGAGAUCUCAGUGAAGGCAUCUUUCCUCAGGAUGAGGAUGAAGAGGAGGUCUCCACGGAUGAGGAUGAUGAAAUGUUUGGCAGCAGGAAGAGGAUGAAGAGAGGAAAAGGUCACAUUGAGGAAGACGACGAGGGUGUGCCAGCAGCCAAAAAAAGAAAGAAAAAGGACGCAUCUACACUUCACAAGCAAACCAAAGAUCAGCAAGAGCAAGAACCAGCUGACCUAACUGUGAAAAAUGAAAACAAAAAAAAGAAGAGAAAGAAGAAAAAGAAAGCAGGGCAGUGUGAAGGUACAGGUGCUGAGGAAAAGGCAGAGAGGUGUGAAGAGGAAGAAGCUCAGUGCACAGUGAAAGAGGCUGAAGGAGGUCUGGGGGGUUCACAAUCAGAAGAUUCAGAAAAGAAAGCACAAGUGACAGAGGCAGCUACUCCAGAGGGUCAGUCAGAAACUCUGCUCCUCUCUCAAGUUACAGUCACAGAAGAAACUCCCUUACAAACUCCCUGCACGACUGACAACAGGGACCAUUCUGAAAUGGUCCAUGUUGAGACUGAGAAGUCCCCAGAACCCGGUGCCACAGUCUCUAGGAAGAAAAGGAAGAAGGCCCGAAAGGCAAAAUUACAAACAAAUGAGAUCGUCAUCAAAAUGCAGGUCAAUGCAGAAGCGGAGAUCAUAGGAGUAAGUAGUGAGGAGUCAAUAGAAAAAAAUACAACGCCUGAAACUGAUGCUACAACUGUCACCAAGAAGAAAAAGAAGGGCCUGAAGGCUAAGAAACCUCUUGAGGAGACUGAGGGUGGAUCACUGGUUAAUGGUGUGAGCACAGAAGUAGAUUUUACAUCAAUAUGUUGUAACGAUUCAAAGGAAGAUGGCCUGACCACCACCCUUGAAAAGCCAACUGACUCUCAAACAACAAGCAGUAAGAAGAGGCGGAAAAAGAACUUAAAGGCCGAUAAGGCACCAAAGCCUGAGGCUGAUGCACAGUGUGAGGCAGAAGGAAAGGACACUGAUGAAGUCCCAUCAGUGCCGUCUAAAAAGAAGACAAAUGCACCUGCUGUAGAUGAAAGCACUGUAACCCCACUAAAAAAUGAAUAUUCUGAGGACAGAGCAGCUCCAGAGAACCCUCAGGUGGAAGAUGCUGAGAAACUAUUUGAGAUUAGCAUGACAAAACCAGCAAAGAACAAAAAGAAGCUGUCAGCAGCCCAAGUAGAAGUGGUCUCUUCUGGAAAACCUGCCAAGAAAAAGAAGAGGAAGAUCCCUGUGGAGUUUGAGUAUGAGGCCGAUGAGCUGGAAGCAGCUGCACAAAAGGCUACGUUGACCAGUGGCCCAGCAGAAGGACAAACUCCCACCAAGAAGUCAGCAAAAUCAGUAAGUGGUUUGGGAGAGUUAUCCACACCAAUGUGCACAAAAAAGUCCCAAAAGAAAGUGAAGACUUCCACAGGGUCGGCAUCUGACUUUAUCAGCUUUAAAAGAAACCAUAUAGUCCCAACACCACUCUUUUGCAAAACCAAGGGAGGCCCCAUCACCCUGCUGUCCAGCCAGAAGAAGAGCCAAACCCCAAAAUCUGAAUCCAAGAAGGUGACCUUCGGCCUCAAAAAUAAUAAAACAGCCGAGUUUAGGAAGACGGAUCGCAGCCUGCUAGUGAGUCCAGAUGGGUCAUCACGUGUGCCCUUUGACCCAGAGCAGAAACCCAAAUUUGGGGUCUUAAAGAGUCCACCCAUCACACGUUCAGCCAGAAAGACCAAGAAGAAGACCGCUUUGGAUACUCCAAAGAGCACGCCUAAACGACGGCCGUCUGCAGCAGACUUCUUCUAGUAUCCACGCUGUCUAACCAUAGCUAUCGAUGUAAUGCUGUCUAUCAGCUGGUGACUAGAUAGAUUUAAAAGACUUCUUCCUUUGGAGAGAUUUAUAGAAGUAUUUUUUAUUUUUAUCUGAUAUCAAUGUUGCUUUUUGGCUCUGACUGACCUGAUGUUUUAAUAAAGCUACUUCAUAUCAGCUUUCAAAUUUGAUCAAUUUUUCACUUUUUGUAUGAUCAAGUUUGAUUCAUCAUACAUCAAAAA